UUUUUAAUUAAAAAGCAGACGGAGAGAAUAGAAUAGAAAAUGGUUGGGGAUCGAGCGCUUCUCCUCUUCAAAUCCUCACCCCUCUCUAUUCACCUCCCCAUUUUCUCCACCUUCGCGCUCCCAAAUCCGAGCCCUAAAAGAUCCUCGUCCCCCCGGCCGCUCUCCAAUCGGACGGUCAAGAUGUCCUCCUCCGAUCACCCCGAAGGCCCUCCUCCCUCCUCCUCCUCCUCCUCCUCCGCCGCCUCCGCCGUUGAUUUCCUCACUCUCUGCCACCGCCUCAAGACCACGAAAAGAGCGGGUUGGGUGCGCCGCGGAGUAUCGGAACCGGAGUCGAUAGCGGACCACAUGUAUCGGAUGGGAGUUAUGGCUCUCGUCGCUCCGGAGAUCCCUGGUGCCGAUCGUGAUAGGUUAGUGAAGAUGGCUAUUGUGCAUGAUAUUGCCGAAGCUAUUGUCGGUGAUAUUACUCCUGUUGAUGGUGUUCCGAAGGAGGAGAAGAGUCGAAGAGAGAGGGAAGCGAUUGAUCAUAUGUGCAACUUGCUUGGUGGAGGAUCUAGAGCUAACGAGAUGAAACAAUUAUGGAUGGAGUAUGAGGAAAAUUCUUCUUUGGAAGCAAAUAUUGUUAAGGAUUUUGACAAGGUUGAGAUGAUACUUCAAGCACUAGAAUACGAAACGGAACAAGGAAAAGAUUUGGAGGAGUUUUUCCAGUCGACUGCAGGAAAAUUUCAGACGGACGUGGGAAAAGCGUGGGCAUUGGAGAUUGCAUCAAGGAGAAGAAAAGAACAGUAACUUGGAUUUAGAUGAUACAUCUUCUGUCUUGCUUUAUUCAUAACAUUCAAAUUUCGUUUCUCAACAUUGUAUCUGAGCGUAGCCAGGAAAAAUUCCCCGUACUCUGCUUUCGUCUAAUUAGCCACAGUAACAGGAUGACCCCGAAACCGGAAUUUUAUACACAAAAGCCGCGGUCUCACGGCGUAGGGUGCUGAGUGCUGAGGAUUCUCGCAGGUGUCGUAAUUUUUUACAGAUUGAAAAGAUUAGUGGCAUCUUGUAAGAAUUCUUGCAAUUUCCUUCACCCGCCAUUCAAUUGAUUCACCACCUACCAUAUUUUGAUGUUUCAGCUUGUCUUUGCCCAUAAACUUUUCUCGGGUUUGAACUGUACUCCAGUGUAAUAAUGCUUGCUUGUAUUCCAUGCAAGUAUGAAUAGAAGUUUUAAGUUGAUAUCUCAAGCCUUUUUUCUUUA